GUAGACAAAGGAUGCAGUGUGGGUCAUACUGUUUUUUGUGAAAUUGUUAUGACACGGAGAACAUUGGAAGGAAACCCAUAAUCGUAGGCCUGGUUUUUUCAAUCUCCAAUUGCUCUUGACUGAAGGGGUGACAGUCAAUAGUGUAUGGUCAUGUUGGGUGGCAGCUCCAAUGUCCAGUCUAAGUGGAAGCGCAAGUCAGCAGUAACACUUGCAUUGACUGUUCUCACGAGUUCACAAGCAAUUCUAAUUGUCUGGUCAAAGAGGGCUGGAAAGUACGAGUACAGUGUCACUACUGCAAAUUUUUUGGUAGAAGCUUUAAAAUGUGCACUAUCACUUGCAGCCUUGGCAAGAAUCUGGAGGAACGAAGGUGUUACUGAGGAUAACAGGUUAAGUACGACGGUAGAUGAAGUUAAUGUUUACCCCAUUCCAGCAGCUCUUUAUCUCAUCAAGAAUUUACUUCAGUAUUACAUCUUUGCAUAUGUUGAUGCCCCGGGAUAUCAAAUAUUAAAGAAUUUAAACAUCAUCAGCACAGGCGUGUUAUACCGUAUCAUUCUUAAGAAACAGUUGAGUGAGAUCCAAUGGGCGGCUUUCGUUUUGUUGUGUGCAGGAUGCACCACAGCACAACUAAACACUAAUUCUGAUCAAGUUCUGCAAACACCUUUUCAAGGUUGGCUGAUGGCAAUUGUCAUGGCCCUUCUAAGUGGCUUUGCUGGAGUCUACACUGAGGCUAUCAUUAAAAAGCGACCUUCGAGGAAUAUUAAUGUGCAGAACUUUUGGUUGUAUGUAUUUGGGAUGGCUUUCAAUGCUAUCGCUAUACUGGUUCAAGAUUUUGAUGCAGUCAUGAACAAGGGAUUCUUCCAUGGAUAUUCGUUGGUUACAGUUCUCAUGAUUUUAAACCAUGCUCUGAGUGGUAUUGCAGUAUCAAUGGUCAUGAAGUAUGCUGACAACAUUGUGAAGGUGUAUUCUACUUCAGUUGCAAUGCUGCUGACCGCGGUGUUAUCUGUUUUUCUCUUUGGAUUUCGUCUCUCUCUUGCCUUCUUUCUUGGUUCCACUGUUGUAUCUGUUGCAAUAUAUUUACACUCCAUCGGGAAGCUCUAGAGAUAGUGAAACAUUUCAGUUUCUCAGCCUUGUUUGUGUCGGUGUAAAGGCUGAUAAUUUUGCUUUUCAUUGUUCAUUGAUUCUGUAUUCUUCAUCAAUUUAUUAUAGUUAAAAAUAUCCUUGGGACUGGACUUAGCAUACAA